CCGUAAGCACGUACUUAUUCUACGGGCCUCCAAAAUCAUUUAUUCUGUACUUCUUUUUGCGCUUAUUUCACUUUAACAGUGCCGUAACAUCUAAGUAUUACGUUAGUUAAUAAAAGCAAGUGUACAAAUUGUGAAAGUUUUAAACAGUUCUGAAGUGAGAUUUGCAAAUAAUUAAUUUGUUGAGUCUUAACAGAUUUCAGCACAAGUGUACAAGUUAAGUAAGUAAAGUGAUCUCCAUGCAUAGUAGGCUUAAUAUGAGUACGAGAAGAGUUCGCAACUUGUGAGGACGUGUGAUAAAUAUAAUUAGCAAAAUGUUUGAAGACAAGAAAAUUAGUGAUGAAGAAAAAAGAAAUAUAGGGUUUGAUUUGAAAACAAUAACAGCAAGUGAAGUGAAUGCGAUUGGAGCUGAGGACGGAGGAAGUGUGUAUCAGAAACCUUUUGGCCUCGACGAUGUGUUGGCCACUGAACUGGGUCAGUUCGGAUGGUUCCAAAUGAGGAACAUGCUCCUGGCAGCCUUGCCUAUUAUACUCUGUGGUAUGAUGAACGAGUACAUAUUCUCAGCGGCUGCCAUACCACACAGGUGUCGCAUCCCAGAAUGCGGUGAAAAUGAGUAUAGAUUGCAAAAAUUUGCUCCUGAAUGGAUCAAAAACUCGAUUCCCGAAUCUGAUACAGGGGUCCAAAGCUGUGAACGGUAUGCUCCCAUAAAUGUCGAAGCUAAUAGGACAUUGGAGUUCUGCCCGGCUAUUCUGUUCAAUAAGUCCAAAACUAUACCUUGCGAUAGUUUUGUUUACGCCACGGAUAAUACAGUCGUAUAUGAAUUCGACCUCGGAUGCCAAGAAUGGUUGCGAGCUCUAGCUGGUACUCUGAACAGUUUGGGGACCUUGUUCGUGUUGCCCAUCACUGGGUAUAUCUCGGAUCGCUUCGGCCGCAGGACAGCUCUGAUCAUCAGUGUCUUCAAUAUGGGCUUGUUUGGUGCCAUCCGAGCCUUCUCCGUCAGUUACCCCAUGUAUUUGGCUCUACAAUUUCUGCAAAGUACCUUUGGGGCCGGGGCGUAUAGUUCAGCGUAUAUCUUUGUCGCAGAACUUGUUGGCCCAAAGUAUCGAGUACUCGCAAGUGCUGCUUCAAUUUCCCUAUUUGCAAUAGGAGAAGUACUUCUGGGAAGUGUAGCAUGGGUGAUCACCCCAUGGCGUGCAAUGAUUAUGGCCAUUCAUAUCCCAUGCUUCAUAAUAGUCGUAUACUACUGGUUGCUAACGGAAAGCGUGAGGUGGUUGCUUUCGAAAAAGAAAUUCCCGGAAGCCAAAGUAAUAUUGGAAACUGUAGCGAAAGUAAACAAAACAUAUAUCAGUGAAAAGUCUCUGAAGGUACUCAUGAGUUCUACACAAGAUUUGGCUUCAACACCUAAUGCUAACGGUCCUGGAUUGGUGCGCACUAUAAUACGUUCUCCAGUUCUACUCAGAAGGGUGUGCACAACUCCAGUUUGGUGGAUCACUACAACCUUUGUCUUCUACGGACUUUCCAUCAACUCUACGGGUCUCUCUGACACCAAACAUCUAAACUUCAUCUUGACUGCCCUCAUCGAGAUCCCUGGUUACUUCAUUGCGGCGUUAGUUCUCGACAAAUUUGGAAGAAGAGCUACUGUCUCUAUGGGUUUCUUUUUUAGUGCCGCUUGCAAUAUUGUUUUUGUUUUUGUGCCUAAGGACCAUACGAUUCCAAGGCUGAUCACAUACCUGUUGGGGAAACUGGGCAUCUCCGUGGUAGCACUGUCCCUGUACCUGUACACGUCGGAGCUGUACCCCACAGAGUUCCGACACACGCUGCUCGGCUUUUCUUCCAUGAUCGGUCGCAUUGGAGCUAUCACGGCACCUUUGACGCCAGUACUUAUGACCUACUACCAUGGUAUUCCAUCAUUGCUGUUCGGAGGUAUGGGCGUGAUCGCCGGUCUGCUGGUGCUCACGCAGCCGGAGACGCUGGGCUGCAACAUGCCCGACACCUUGACUGAGGCGGAAGCCAUCGGAAAACCACAAGCUGAGAUUACAAGUUUACCUAAAUACUAGUUAUCAAAUCUUUCAUUGAACUUUAUUAAGAUUGAACAUUUUGUUCGUCGGAUUGCGAUCUGACCUGAUCUGAGUGAUGAUUAAAGAGUCGAAGAAAUGUUCUGAAUAUUUUACAAAAAAGCUGAUAUUUAUUUCAAAUAGUAAAUAUGUUGUUAUAUCGACUUGCAUGAGAACUUACUAUGAUGCGACAGCGCUCGUGUGUAUUUUGGUUUAUUAAAGAUCCCGUGGGAUCUCUUUGAUUUUCUGCGAUGAAAAUAGCGAAAAUGUCCAUUUGUAGGAUACAAAUUAUCAAACACAAACAACACCACCGACAAUCUCAA